AUGCCGCACAACCAAGAAAUACCCCAGGCAAAAGAGGAGAGACAAGUAGCAAGUCGCGAUGCCAAUGACGAUGACGCGAAAGGUGACCCCAACUCUGCAAGCCUGCUCAAGAAAGUGGGCAGCCUGCCCGGAGAAAAGCAAGGCCCCAGAAACCGCUUCCCCACCAGCCUGCUGUGGGGGGACACGCUCCUGCACUGCGCCGCGCGCCACGGGCGCCGGGACGUCCUGGCCUAUCUGGCCGAGGCCUGGGGCCUGGACAUCGAGGCCGCCAACCGGGACUACAAGCGGCCUCUGCACGAGGCCGCCUCCAUGGGCCACCCGGACUGCGUGCGCUACCUGCUGGGGCGCGGGGCGGCGGUCGACUGCCUGAAGAAGGCCGACUGGACGCCUCUGAUGAUGGCCUGCACGAGGAAGAACCUCGAAGUGGUCCAGGACCUCGUGGAACACGGCGCCAACCCCCUCCUGAAAAACAAAGAUGGCUGGAACAGUUUCCACAUCGCCAGUCGCGAGGGCGACCCUCUGAUCCUCGAGUUCCUGCUCACUGUCUGCCCAGAGGCCUGGAAGACGGAGAGCAACAUCCGAAGAACGCCUUUGCACACCGCAGCCCUGCAUGGCCAUUUAGAGGCAGUCAAGGUGCUUCUUAAGAGGUGCCACUAUGAACCAGAUUGCAAGGACAGCUGUGGUGUCACCCCCUUCAUGGACGCAAUUCAGUGUGGCCACGUUGACAUAGCCCGGCUGCUCCUCGAAAGACACCAGGCUUCGCUUUCAGCCGAGGACAGCCUGGGCGCCCAGGCUCUGCACAGAGCAGCUGUCACCGGGCAGGACGAAGCCAUCCGAUUCUUGGUCUCUGAACUCGGCGUUGACGUCGACGCGAGGACCACGUCAAGUCACCUCACGGCGCUUCACUGUGCAGCCAAGGAAGGACACAGAAGCACAAUUCAGACUCUCUUAUCCCUGGGUGCUGAUAUCAACACCAAAGAUGAAAGAAAUCGAUCGGCCCUGCACUUGGCCUGUGCCAGCCAGCACGUGGCCUGUGCCGAGUUUCUCCUCCAGUCGGGGCUGAAGGAUUCCGAAGACGCAGUGGACACCAUGGCUCAGCAGCUGACCAAGAAUGCAGCCAUCCUUUAGCGCUCCUGCCACGGCGCGUUGGCAUAGGACGCCUCUAGAAGGAGAAAUAAAGUGCCUGGUAAUCCGUA